ACACGCGGGGACGCGGUGGCGGGAGCUCUGGCUCUAGCCCGACCUCUGGUCCUCCCGCUUCUGAAGUUUGCAAUGGGACCGACUCCCGCCCGGGGAGACCCUGGCCACCCCCUCUGCGUGGGAACUGGAAGGGCUACCCGGGGGGAGGAGGGUGGCGUCUCAUCUGCGGCGCAGCCAACUUUGCGAUUCCUCAGGCUGGCGAGGUGCACUGGGACGUCGGGGCUGGAGAGCCAAUCUAUCUGUUGGGGUCCCCUCGAAGGCUCCAAACCUCCCUCCUAGCGCCCGUCCUGGGGUCACAGAAGAGGCCUCGGUCCCCGGAGACUCCUCGUCCUCUGCCGAGAGCCUCUAUUCUUGGGGUCGCCGCCUCGGGCCACCAUCUGGAGUCCUCCGCGGGGCUGGCCCAGACAGAGGGCGACCCCUCCCCUCCGCCGUGAUCGGCUGGCCUCACCCCCACCAAGUUUAACAAGUUUGGCCAAGAAGUCUUAGAGCCUCCAUGGCUAGGCCUGGUGCUGCCGCUCCGCGUGGGCUCCAUGGGCUCUGAGUUGUGCAGCGUCGGACCAGCAAAGGGGAGAGCCGUUCUCUCCAGGGGCGCGGUCCAUAGGGGUCGAAGCCAGAGACUGGCAGCCCCUGGGCUCCAAGAUUUGGUUUGGAGGCCCGAGGUUUGGAGUGCGUCAUCAGGGAGCAGGCACCUCAGCCGGCAGGUCGGGUUUCCAAAAGUGCCCCUUUGUUAUGCCCCUCCCUGGCCCUGCCUCCUUCUUUCGCUGCGCCACCCCUCCCCCAGCCUCUGGUACACGCCGGACUCGGGUGCCAACCCCACAGACCUAGCUAAGUGUCCCUCUUCGGACCAGCGACUACUACCUCUUGUUCUCUCACAUCCUAGGGCUGUGGGUUGACUGAGAGGCGCUGCUGGGGAAGAAGCCCUUGGGCGCAGCCUGUGACUCAGGACACAGGAUUUGCAAGGCAGAGUGGCAGUGCUCCCUCAAAGAGGCAUACCCCCAGCCCCAAAACUGCCACCAUUCCGUGCUGCGGGGACACCAUGGCUCCAGAAGAAGACACCGGAGGGGAGGCUUUAGGGGGCAGUUUCUGGGAGGCUGGCAACUAUAGGCAGACUGUGCAGAGGGUGGAGGAUGGGCACCGACUGUGUGGAGACCUGGUCAGCUGCUUUCAGGAGCGUGCCCGCAUCGAGAAGACCUAUGCCCAGCAGCUGGCUGAGUGGGCCCGCAAGUGGAGGGGCACUGUCGAGAAGGGCCCCCAGUAUGGCACACUGGAGAAGGCCUGGCACGCCUUCUUCACUGCCGCGGAGCGGCUGAGUGAGCUGCACCUAGAGGUGCGGGAGAAGCUACAAGGGCCCGACAGUGAGCGGGUGCGCACCUGGCAGAGGGGGGCCUUCCACCGGCCAGUGCUGGGCGGCUUCCGGGAGAGCCGGGCUGCAGAGGAUGGCUUCCGUAAGGCCCAGAAGCCCUGGCUAAAGAGACUGAAGGAGGUUGAGGCUUCUAAGAAGAGCUACCACACAGCCCGGAAAGAUGAGAAGACAGCCCAGACCCGGGAGAGUCAUGCGAAAGCAGACAGUGCUGUGUCCCAGGAGCAGCUACGCAAACUACAGGAGCGGGUGGGACGCUGUGCCAAGGAGGCAGAGAAGACGAAAACCCAGUAUGAGCAGACACUGGCAGAGCUGCACCGCUACACUCCACGCUACAUGGAGGACAUGGAGCAGGCCUUUGAGAGCUGCCAGGCUGCUGAGCGCCAGCGGCUUCUAUUCUUCAAAGAUAUGCUGCUUACCUUGCAUCAGCACCUUGACCUCUCAAGUAGUGACAAGUUCCAUGAACUCCACCGAGACCUGCACCAGAGCAUUGAGGCAGCUAGUGACGAGAAGGAUCUGCGCUGGUGGCGCAGUACCCAUGGACCAGGCAUGGCCAUGAACUGGCCACAGUUUGAGGAGUGGUCCUUGGACACACAGAGAGCAAUCAGCCGGAAGGAGAAGGGUGGCCGGAGCCCCAAUGAGGUUACUUUGACCAGCAUCGUGCCCACAAGAGAUGGCACUGCACCCCCACCCCAGUCUCCAGGGUCCCCAGGCAGUGGGCAGGAUGAGGAAUGGUCUGAUGAGGACAGUCCCCGGAAGGCUGCCACUGGGGUGCGGGUACGGGCCCUGUAUGACUAUGCUGGCCAGGAAGCUGAUGAGCUGAGCUUCCGAGCAGGGGAGGAACUGCUGAAGAUGAGCGAGGAGGAUGAGCAGGGCUGGUGCCAGGGCCAGUUGCAGAGUGGCCGCAUUGGCCUGUAUCCUGCCAACUAUGUGGAGUGUGUGGGUGCCUGAAGGCCCUGACAACCCUACUGCAGUGUCUCUCCAUCCUGGGUCAGAGCCCAGCUGCUCCUGGACAGCCAGACCUGAGGCCCUGAACCAUCAUGCUGCUGCUGCCCUCUGUCCCUGAAGAGGGUGGAAGUCCUGGGACUCAGGGAGGGGAGGGGCCUGUGUCUAGGAAGGGUCUGGUAGCGAAGGGAUCUAGGCUGAGGGCAGGAUGGGAGGAUGGAGGUGACAGAAGGGUUCAGGGGUACUUGGCCUUCCACAGCACUUGGGUCUUUCCAGGAGAAGAGGACCCCAUUCCUGGCCUCUGUUUUGGGAUUCCUAGGAUGGGUUUGGGGUGAGUGUAGUUCUGGGUUAGCAGCACCCUAUUUUGUGACUUGUUCUAGUGUAUAUUAAACUUGAUCAAAAAAAAAAAAAAAAA